AUGAGCAGCGAAUUGGCUAACUAUAAGAGGCUGGAGAAGGUCGGAGAAGGUACAUAUGGUGUUGUCUACAAGGCACUCGAUUUGAGACCUGGGAAGGGUCAAAGGGUGGUUGCGCUAAAGAAGAUCAGAUUAGAGAGUGAGGAUGAAGGUGUUCCGAGUACUGCUAUUCGGGAGAUCUCGCUGUUGAAGGAGUUGAAGGACGACAAUAUCGUCAGGUUAUAUGAUAUUGUGCACAGCGAUGCGCAUAAGUUGUACUUAGUUCUUGAGUUUCUGGACUUGGAUUUGAAGAGGUACAUGGAGAGCAUACCUAAGGACCAACCACUGGGAGUCAAUAUAAUCAAGAAGUUCAUGGUGCAGCUCUGUAAAGGUAUUGCGUAUUGCCAUGCGCACCGUAUCCUGCACCGUGAUUUAAAGCCCCAGAACCUGCUGAUCGACAAAGAAGGUAACCUGAAGCUUGGUGAUUUCGGUUUAGCGCGGGCCUUUGGUGUUCCAUUGAGAGCGUACACACACGAGAUUGUUACUUUGUGGUACCGUGCCCCCGAGGUCUUGCUUGGAGGCAAGCAGUACAGUACGGGUGUCGACACCUGGUCCAUUGGGUGUAUAUUUGCUGAGAUGUGCAACCGGAAGCCUAUAUUCAGUGGUGACAGUGAGAUCGACCAGAUCUUCAAGAUAUUCAGGAUACUGGGCACACCGUCCGAGGCAGUGUGGCCGGACAUCGUCUACUUGCCAGACUUCAAGCCCAGCUUCCCGCAAUGGAGGCGCAAGGACCUGGCCGAGGUGGUACCAUCGCUAGACCCCCACGGUAUAGACCUGCUGGACAAGCUGCUUGCAUACGACCCAAUCAACCGUAUCAGCGCAAGAAGAGCGGCCAACCACCCAUACUUUCACGAGCAGUAA